AUGAACACAAUCGUCUUCGGCCACCCCUCGGCGAAUCCGCUACUGCUGGCAAUCGAGGCCGCAAGCGAGCCCAACAGCUACCUACUACUGCUCAUAAACGCGUUGGAAGGCCCUCAAAAAGAGCCCGAACGGAUACGUCCUCCCCUACAUACUCCUCCUAAGCCAGCGAUAGUUGAACAAGAGGAGGAUCUACAACAGGCGAAUGCGGAGAACACUACGGAGAACAUUGCGGAGACAGUCAUCAGCAGCAGUGACACAACAGGCCUACUCUCCACGGUCUCACACCAAUCCACUCAGCCAGUGCAAGAGAAGUCAAUACAGCAGGCGAAUGCGGAGAACACUGCGGAGAAACCAAGCGGCAACAAGGCCCCCAGCACCAAGAACACGGCUCAGCUCUCCAAGAUCCCACGUCAUAUGCUCUCCACGGUUCCACAUCAAAUCAUCACUCAGCAAGCGGAGAACACCACUACAACUUGGCCUGUCAUCCCCACUGCAUUGAUAACAUCGCAAGAGGAGGAACUAUAA